AUGGCUGAGAAGAACAGCCUCGACUAUUAUGACAGGCUAUUUGAAGAGGAAUAUAAUUCCGAGGAAAGUAUCUGGGAGACAGAAGCGGACGAUGGAUCAACCUUGAAAUACGAGUUCGAUGAUUAUGAGUCCGAAGGACUGAUACUUCGCAAUCGGUACGAAACCAUGGCGUAUGCGACAAAUUUAACUCCAUACUUCGAACACGGAAGCAAGGAGUUAUCCGAGUUAUCCGAGUUAUCCAACAGAGACAAUUUCAAAGCCCUCCUGCCGGAUGCGGUCAUGACAGAAUUGCAGAAUUGGCUCGGCGAAGUAGAAUCACGCAUGAUCUGGAUCCAAGGCCUACCAACCCACUCGUACGGCUCCGACCUCUCGCUAGCAGCACUGCAUAUCGUCUCGUUGCUUGAAGACGAGGAUAUCCCUUGCAUAUCCUUCUUCGUUAAGCCAAGAGACCACUUCGCACCAUCAGUCCCGCAACACCAAGCCGCCUUAAUAGCCCUCCUGUACUCCAUCGUUGCGCAACUUGUUUAUCUCCUACCGGUCGAGUUCGAGGACGUAGACGAGCUCGACGAAGCGAAAUUCCAGAAGCUGGAUGGAAGCUUCGGAAGCGUGCCGCUCGCUCUGCAGAUGAUACAGGCUUUGCUGAGACACGCGCCGCCGGCUUUAGUCUGGGUCUUGGACGGAUUCCAUCUAGCAGAAAAUCAAGAUACGAUUCCCCAUCUGGAGGCGCUGGUUGAUAUUCUUCUCGCCCAGGAGUCAGUGCGGAUUUCUCAGGUUUGUUUCACUACCGAUAGUAUCAGCGCCGUUUUGAACAGUAAAAUGAAGCAAGUAUGUGCGUCGGAAACGGGUGGUUCUGAUAUCAACGGAUUGAGCAUUCCUUCAAGUAGGUUCUAUUAG